AUGGGGAGAGAUAGAGGCCAAAAUACUACGGAGCGGCCCGCUUUCACACAGCCAGAAGAAUCAAGUGUCCAAGUCGGACUGGCAUCGAACAAGGAGUCGAGUACGGUUGAGAAACAGCUGGGUCGAUUGGUCAUUGAUGAUAAGCGAAGCUACUAUGUGAGCAAUAAGCUAUGGGCAAAUUUGACAAACGAGAUUGAAGAGCUACGAGACUUGCUUCAUGAUCCAAUAUCUGAUAAUGAGGAGAAUCCUAACGACGACCUCAAUCAACCCGUACUGGACUCCACAUUAGACAUGGGCUCCAACGCCGCAAUACUGGGAUUCCAGAAAAUUGCUCCAUCGAUGCGUUCUUAUCACCCGCCACUGUCGCAGUCGGUGACUUUGGUGGAAAUUUUCAAAGAGAGAGUUCUACCCUUGGUGCACAUAUUUCAUGCCCCGACACUGAUGCGUGAUUAUUGGGAUGCUAUAUCUUCUCUCGAUACUACUUUGGAUCGAAACAGCGAGGCCUUGCUGUUUGCUAUCUACUAUUCCACUGUCAUCAGCAUGGAAUCGGCACAAUGCGAGAGCGUUAUAGGUGUUUCACGGGAGGUAGCUCUCAGGCACUAUCAGUUUGCGGUGCAGCAAGCCAUGGCACGAGCUGACUUUCUCAACACCCAGAGUGUGACAUUACUUCAAGCCGUGGUUCUUUUCUUAUCUGCGUUACGCAAUGUAGAUGCCUCUCGUCGAACAUGGUCUCUGACUGCACUUGUUUUCCACAUUGCUAGAGCCAUGGGGUUGCACCGUGAUGGAACAUCCUUCGGACUACCGCCUCUUGAGACAGAACUGAGACGUCGUUUAUGGUGGCAUAUAUGCUUUCUUGACAUCAGGUCCUCAGAGCAUCAUGGAUGUCAACCAAUAGUGCAAGACUCGGCAUUUGACACUAAAACGCCACUCAACAUCAAUGAUAGCGACUUGGUACAUGGAAUGACCGAGCCACCCAUAGAACGUGAAGAGGCUACCGAAAUGACAUUUUGUCUUGUUCGUUGCGAAGUGCUCCGCGUGGCAUGGAAAACCAGCUACUUUUCUCCGAGCGAGAUGUCCCCCAACAACUCGGAACGCCAGGAAGACGAAGCAUCAUCUACCAACCCAGAGCAAAUGGCCAAAAACUUGACAGAGAAACUAGAGGAGCAAUAUAUUAAACAUUGCGACCCUAGUGUCCCAUUUUUCAAGAUGUGCAUGACCGUGGCGCGACUGAUGAUUACUCGAAUAUGGCUGGCUAUUUACUACCCACCAAGGAAGAAGUCUAGCCCGAGUCUACCUACCGCUAACAGAGACAAGAUGUUUCUCACAGCAAUAAAAAUACUUGAAUUAUCGACCGUUAUUAUUACCAGCCCCGAAGUUUCUAAAUGGGCAUGGCAUUCCAAGACUCAUAUACAAUGGCAUGCUGUUGUGAUUGUCUUGGCUGAAAUCUGUUCACGCCCACCAUCCCAAGAGUGUGAUCGUGCGUGGGAGUGUGCAAAUACAGUAUACAGCAGAUGGAACUUGCGAAAUGAUAAGGCCAAUAUUCUCUGGAGACCAAUAAAUCGCUUAAUGGCCAAAGCAAAUUCUGUCCAAGAGACUGAGAAGAAUGACAAGCGUGAAGCACAUACAAAGACAGCUGGCAUGGCGUCAGCGACAUCCAGCGAAUCGACGGCGGAUAUUAGUAUACCACCGGGAAAUUUGCUGGAAUCAUCUGAUAUGCUCUUCAGCCAGAACUUUUUUAACGGGGCCCACGAUGACUUUGAGUCGAUGUAUAAUGACUAUACAAUGGGUGAUUGGGCUGCAGAUGGCUUCGGUUCUAAUUUCAGUGUGGAAUCGGCCCCAAUUCUGUAA